AUAUGAUGAUCUUUUUCAGAAGAUACAAAAAUUACAUACAUGUUCAUAUAAUAUAAAAAUCUUUGUGAUCCGAUCUACUUUUAUCAUAAUAUAGAAUUAAUUAUUACUAGUGUAUAAACAAAAUCAUGUUAUUACGAUUCUGUGUACGUGCUAGUAAAAAAUUGUUAAAUACGACUACAGUAUUUCAAAAAACAGCAAAAUGCCACCUUAGUGGUUUUGCUUAUAAUAUAACAAACAGUCCGUUAAGAAGGGAUUGUAUAUUAAAUGUACAUAAACUUUCGAAAGUUCAGAAAAUUUAUCUCAUUCGAUAUGAGAGCACAGUUAAUACAACAGUAAAAGAAACAGUACCAAAUAUACCACCAGGUUCAUCUGAAUCACAAGCACAAAUAACAGAUAUAGGUAAUGCAACAGUACAGAAAGAUCUAUUAAGUGAAAUACCAGAUCCACCUGUACCACAAAUACCAUUGCAUGAAGAAAUCACAAAGAUUAUUAAUUUACAUCCAAAUGGCGAACCUACCUUUGAAAGUUUAGGAUUAGGUGGAUUUGGUCCUUUUGGAAUUUUCCAAUCAUUUUAUGAAUUACUCCAUAUUAAUUGUCAUUUAUCAUGGUGGGCAACAAUUAUAUUAACUUCUGUAAUUCUCAAACUUGCAACAUUUCCAUGUUCAAUAUAUGCACAGAGAAAUAGUGUCAAUAUGCAAAGAGUUCUACCACAAAUGGUAAAACUUCAGCAAAAUAUGACUGAUGCAAGGAGAUGUGGAAAUACACAUGAAGCUGCUGCAUAUGCUUAUGAACUACAAGAGUUGCUUAAGACAAACAACGUCAAGGUGUUGCCCGUUGCCAAUAUUGUAAAGAUAUCCGCACAUUUGCCAUUUUUCUUUGCUUUAAGAGACAUGGUUACUAAAGUAGAAAGUUUAAAGGAAGGUGGACUUUGGUGGUUUACAGAUUUAACUGUUCCUGAUCCAUAUUAUCUGUUGCCAUUAGCUUCAACUUUAACAUUGUAUGCUGUCACCACAUAUACAUUAAAAUCUGCAGGAAAUAUGCAUCCAUUGGCACGACAGUUGUUCAAGGCAAUGCCAGUUAUUUCAUUUGUAAUUGCAAUGAGAUUUCCAGGAGCCAUUUUGUGUCACUGGGCUGUGUCGAAUGUUAUAACUUUAGCUGAAAAUGAAAUAUUAAAAACAAAAAAAGUAAAAACAUAUUUUAAUAUUCCUCAUAUAGUAGCAGUCCCAGAGUCACAGAUUGUAACUAGACAUCAAAAGAAAGGCUUCAACGAAGCAUUCUCUGAAGCUUGGACUAACAUGAAAAUAUCUAAUAAGUUAGCAGCACAUACACACGCAGAUCAAAAACAAUUUAAUGACGCAGCUAGAGGUCCAUUGCAAAAGACAUAUAAAUACAAUCCAGUGCAAACUUUAUCAAAAUCAACAACAUCAAUGUCAGCAAUGAAAAAAUAAAAUUUUAAGUAUAUACAAUUUCUUUAUUUAAUUAGUUAUAAAAUUUUUAUUGUAAUAAUUUAAUAAACUAGAAAAUAAUGACAAAA